CAUUCGCACGAGAAAGCUAGGAGCAUCGCUGUAAACAAACUGUACACCAGCUGAUUUUGACAGUAUCCGACCUCGUAUUAGCGUCGAGGCACCGUGCAACGUGUUUUUAAAUUAUACAAUUCGCAGUUAAUUAAAUUGCACCUAAUUUCAUUGUUGUGUUAACUGAUUUAUUGACCUCAACUCUGAGAAAAAUUAAAAAGCAGACGAUGACUUCAGUCACAAAAGUGGUGAAGAGCGUUGGGCCUAAACUAGUGCCAUUCUUCAAGACAGUUGCGAUAUAUUUCGUUAUUUUUAUUCCCCACGACAAACCCUCGAUAUUUAGCACUGUUUUGAAAUGUUUACCGAUAGUCAGUUUAAUGCUGUUUGUUGUACUUCAUGGAAUGAGUCUAGGGGAUGAAUACAAAUAUUCGAGAAGAAUAUUAACUGGAUUGUUAUUUUGUUGUAUUGGUGAUGCCUUUUUAAUAUGGCAUCAUUAUUUUGAUAUAGGAAUGUUAGCAUUCAUUGUAGGCCACAUAUAUUAUAUUUCGGCAUUUGGAUUCAAACCCCUUAAUUUACCUCUGGGAAUAUUCCUCUAUUUCCUUGGGACAAUCGGUACUCUAUAUCUGUUGCCCGAUUUACAUGGGGUUUUUGUUAUCGGUGUGCCAAUAUACGUUCUUGUCAUUACCACUAUGCUCUGGAGAGCCAUAGCUCGAGUUCAGUUCUUUGAGGACCUGUGGACCUGGAGUAAAUUAUGCACGUGCGCUGGUGGUUUUCUUUUCAGUCUCUCUGAUUUGAUCAUCGGCAUCGAUAGGUUCAAGUUUAAUAUAGAUUAUGCUCAGGUUCUCAUAAUGUCCACCUAUUAUGCAGCUCAAGUCGGCAUAGCUUUAAGCGUUGUGGACGCUAGGACAGCGUUAGAAACAGAAAGAAAUAAAAUGAAGUAAUAAGUAUUAGACGAGUAGACAAAUUUGUAGCUCAAUUGAAGCCAAAAUUGUAUUUUUUCCGUAGUUACAUUAAUAACUACAAGUUAGAGAAAGGGGUUUUGUAGAAUUGUUAAAAUGCCUAUGAUGAUGACUUCAACACAGAAUUCACACUUAAAUGAAUUUUAUCAUAGGUUAUAUCAAAUAAGUUACUGUCAUUACUGAAAAUGUUAAUUUUUCUAUACAUAAUAUAAAUGGGACCUAAUAUAUUUUCACAUAUUUUGAAGUACCUACUUAUAUCACAACUGCAAAUAUUACCGAGUAUUUUUUAUAGUAAUGUUUUUAUAGUAGUCACUUCCACAUAAUCUAAAACAUGUUAUGCAUUAUGAAGAAUAGAAAUAUCACGUCAUUUCCUUUGUUGCAUCAAAAGCGUGCUAAAUAUUCAGUAAUUUUGUUAAUAUUGAAAUGCUAUUCCUGACAAUUGCUUUAGAAUCACUUUCAGGUGAUACUCGUAGUUAACAUUAAUUGUAUUCAAAUUUGUAGUUUUUGUCUUCCCAGAACAUGCCACUUUGUGAAACAAUAAUAAGCGUUAUUUAAACUUGUACAUAUUUUUAAAUAACUAUCUUGCCAAGCACUUGCAACUAUGAAAAUGGAUAAAUCUAUUUAAGAUAGCAGAAAAGUAGAUGUGUUCUAAUCUAGAGUGACCCAUUAUUCUGCAAGUAGUUAGUUCUUGCAUUUCUAGAACUAGAGUACCCCACCCACCGUGUGAUCGAAAAUAUAAUCAGUUAGAUUCCAAUUUUGUCAAUUUAAUGCAGUUCUAAUAUUUCUUAAGAAUUUAGAAAUAAAUUGACUAUUAUUUAACCUUGUGUCGUCUUAACUUCAGAAAAUAGACAAUAGUUCUCAAAUACAUAUUGUAGAGAAGUGGACACAGUAUGUUUUUAGAGACAUAAAUAUCAAGUCAUUAUCCCACUUCUGAUUACAAAUUAAUUUGUUAAAUACAGCUACAAUAGAUUUACUUGAAUCUAUUGAAAAUCAUUCCAUUGAUUAUUUGUUAGCAACAAAUCUAAAUGCUCACUUUAAAAAAAAUUGUCUUCCUUAUUUAUUAUAAUUUAUAACUAGUGAAUAGUCGGAACAGCAUGUUGUUUGUCAAGAAUAGGAACAAAAAUUAUCAGUAUACAAGAAGAAGGGAAAUGUCCCGUAAUUUUCACGUUUGUUUCUCUUCUUGACAGGUCGUAUCGUUGCAAAUAGUAAAAUUAUCAUGUAGACUGCACUAUAUUUAUCUGUGAUUUUAUUAUAUAGUCGUAAAAGAGGAGAUUAGAAGUAAAUGUUGAAUAAAUGUUAAUUAGGA